CCUUUCGCCUCCUCGCUUCCAAGAUGACCAAGAAAAGAAGGAACAAGGGUCGUGCCAAAAAGGGCCGCGGCCACGUGCAGCCUGUUCGCCGUACCAGCUGCGCCCGUCGCGUGCCCAAGGAUAAGGCCAUUAAGAAGUUCGCCAUUCGGAACAUCGUAGAGGCCGCAGCCGUCAGGGACGUUUCCGAAGCGAGUGUUUUCGACGCCUACGAGCUUCGCAAGCCGUAUGUGACGCUGCAUUACUGCGUGAGUGGUGCUAUUCACAGCAAGGCAGUUAGGAAUCGUUCUCGGGAAGCCCGGAACCACCGAACGCCUCCACCCCGAUUUAGACCUGCGGGUGCUGCCCCGCGACCUCCACCAAAGCCCAUGUAA